GAUUUCUCGAUUUAUCUCUUCAUGGCCAAAAAUGCGGCGGAGCGUGGGUCGUUCUCGGGCAAGGACUAUCACGAUCCGCCUCCGGCGCCGCUGAUCGACGCCGUGGAGAUCACGAAGUGGUCGUUCUACAGAGCUCUGAUUGCGGAGUUCAUAGCCACAAUGCUGUUCCUCUACAUCACCGUGUUGACUGUAAUCGGCUACAAAUCGCAGACCGAUCAUACCGCAAACAAGAAUGUGGAUCCAUGUGGUGGAGUGGGGAUUCUCGGCAUUGCUUGGGCUUUCGGAGGAAUGAUCUUCGUUCUCGUUUACUGCACUGCUGGGAUUUCAGGGGGUCACAUAAACCCAGCAGUGACAUUUGGACUGCUGUUGGCCCGUAAGGUGUCACUGGUGCGGGCCGUUAUGUACAUGGUGGCCCAAUGCUUAGGGGCCAUUAGCGGAGUUGGGCUCGUCAAGGCCUUCCAGAAGGCCCACUUCCAGAAGUACGGCGGCGGGGCCAAUGGGCUCGCCGACGGCUACACCACCGGCGUCGGAUUGGCGGCGGAGAUCGUGGGUACAUUCGUGUUGGUGUACACCGUGUUCUCUGCCACCGAUCCCAAAAGAAACGCCAGAGAUUCCCAUGUUCCGGUUUUGGCUCCACUUCCAAUUGGGUUUGCAGUGUUGAUGGUUCAUUUGGCCACCAUUCCAAUCACUGGCACUGGCAUCAACCCAGCAAGAAGCUUGGGAUCUGCUGUUAUUCUCAAUGACCAAAAGACUUGGAAUGACCAUUGGAUAUUUUGGGUUGGACCCUUCAUAGGGGCAGCCAUUGCAGCUUUCUACCACCAAUUCAUCUUGAGGGCAGGAGCUGUAAAAGCCCUUGGCUCAUUCAGAAGCAACCCCCAUGUUUAAAGCUAUUAGCUGCUGAGCUUUUUGGAGACAUGAACAGCAAAAUUAACACUACCAUUUCUGCUUAUUUUGAGUUUUCAAUUCCCAUGUUUGCUUGUGACUUUCAUGAAUCUAAUGGCUAUUUAAUUUCUUUUGCUAUAA